AUGGGGUUGUCGCAAAUAGCUACCUACUACCUCAAGUCGCGCAUCGGAGGCCAUAUGAAUACUGUUCUGAAAAAGAAGAACAAGCCUAAAGAGGAACCCGAAUCUAGGGAAUCUGCUUAUAAGAUCAGACCUCCAACCAUCAUCUGCUCAACACCUACGCGACAGACCAUGAAAUCCAACAGAAACCAAAACCUACGACGAGCAUUUCUCUGGAAGGAGAUUGACUGGACCGGUUCCAGCCCAUCCAAUCGCAGACCUUCCUCCUCCUCCUCCUCCUCCUCCUCAGAGGAGCCGCCAGUCAGUCCCCGAACAGCAGGAGAUGGCCCCGGACCCGGCCCCUCGGCCGAGAGAAGAUGCUCCACCGCACCUAGCACCGCCGGCCUCCGCAGCGGGACUUCUCCAGGCUCAGAGACACCAGCGAGAGAGACCCGGCUCCGGGUAGGCGUGGGGAGGCGGAAGUUGCAGUGUCCCGCCUGCCAACGGAUCGCCUGCGAGUUUGCAUUCGAGAGAGAUCGCCACGUCAACACCAACGCCACAUGCGUGACGGCGCACACCUGCCUGGCCCGAGAAAUGCAGGCGGAAGUUCGUGAGCAAGGAAAGCCUGAGACAGCAUCUCCAGAGACAGAAGCAGAUUUCUCUCCGGAGGACAUAGUACAGCAACGCUUCAUAUGCUAG